AUGAAGAAGAAAGCGAGAGCGAGCGUGCAGAAAUCUUCUUCUUCGGCAACAUCAUCAUCGGCGACGUUUACGACGACUCAGACGACGAGUUCUGAGAAAAAUUUUCGACAAAUAAUAGCAUCAAACGCGACGAAUACUAAAAUAUCGACUGGAUGUGUGUUCUUGUUGACUCUUUUGAUCGUUUCCGCGGUGUUUAUGACCGAGAAUACUCAGUCGUAUUCCGAGAACGAAAAUCGAACACCAAGAGCUGCUUUUGGUCUGAACGAAGACAAAGAAGAGUAUUUUGAUCCGGAGACGUUCACUUUACCGGUGUACUUACCACCGUCUCCCACGGCACCGAAUGCACCUCCAGCACCGAAAAUUGCGCAGAGCAAACACGACUGGUCGCGAGAGCAAUACGACGUCGCGAAAGAGAUGAACGACGGCGAGUCGCUGAGAGCGAUUAGCGGUCAAAUUUUCGGCGGUUUAGAUUACGAGGUGCCGUUUACUCAGAAACCGCCGAAAGCGACGCAAACGUUUUCGCCGUGCGCGGCGUUGUACGCUGGCGCGCAGUGCGUGGAAAAGAACACUUUGCCAAAAUGCGUGAAGACGAUGAACGCGUUGCCGUUUAAGAGUGACGCGUGGAUGUCGCUCCACACGGGAGGGAGAAACGGGAACGAAGGAGAUUUAGCCGGGAAAGCGCAGUCGUUGCACGGACUGUUUGCGAAUGGAGCAGAGUUUGGGGAAAUUAAGAGGGAAGUUGAUGCGACGUACGGUGGGUUUCCCAGCGCAGACUGGUUGAAUAACACGCGAAAAUCGCCCGGGAAGUACGCGUUGGCAAACGCGUGCGCGUUGGUCCACAGCGACGGGAAAUUGAAAGGAAGCGGUUUGGGACACAGGAUAGAUAAACACCAUCUCGUGAUUCGUUUGAACGACGCGCCGGUGAGAGGUCACGAAGAAGACGUUGGGAGUUUCACCUCUGCUCGAUUUUUAGGCGAAAAGUAUUUUCGAAGAAACGAUCGGGACGAUAAAAAUUUAGAGCGAGCGGCGAGGGAGUUUCCCGACGAGAGUUUAGUCGCCUUGCACUGGUGUAAAACGAAACAAGAGGCAUUGCACGGCAAAGCGAAUCACGAGAGUCAUUGCAGGAAAGAGAGCGUAUUCAAAGCGGCAAAGAUGAAAGCCCAUCUGUUCAAUCCGAAAUUUGUCGACGCGGUAUCCACGAGCUUAGAGCUGAAAGAAGACGAAUCGCCGUCGGAUUUCUUCAUCGCUUUGUUGGCGUUGACGCACGUGUGCGCACGAGUGCACGUGUACGGAUACAACUUGUACGAUAAAAGAGAUUUGAUCAAAACGAAGCACACGAGUUAUUUAGGAGAGAUGAAUGGGAAGUAUCACUUGCCGCGACGGUACGGAAACGUUCCAAAUGCAAAGAGAGGGGUCACGAAGAAACCGUCGUUUGAGAAGGAAUCGCCGAAUGGUUAUUUUUACGCAAAGUUCAACAGAAUCGCUCCGGACCAAGUGACGAUUGAAGCGAGUGGAUUACACAAACCUGGACUGAUGGGCUCCGGUGCUUCCUUUGCGGGAUACUCUCUUGGUGAGUAUAAAGACCGAAAAAUGACCGCAGCAAAGAAAGGUUUGCGUCGUAAACUGUUAUCGAAGUCGCAUCUGCGGGCGGAAUCUCCCGAGGAAGUGGAAGAUAAAGAACAGUUUUGCGUUCGCGCGUUGCACCACGCGGGUGUCGUCGCGGCAGUUGAAGCGAGCGGGAGAGAAGAUAGACAUGCCUUCGCACCCUUCGCAAAAAUACACGACAGGUAG